GUGUUGUGUGUGCAAGCAGGCAAUGGACAUGGCUAAGUUGCUUGCUCCGGUUACAAAUCGGACGAUACCUUCCUUGCCUCCCUUUCCCUCCAAAAUUCUCCCUCCUUCCCUUCCUCUUCAGCUCUUGUCCAGAGUAUAACUUAAGACCCCACUCUUCACUACUUCGUCGCGUUGAUCGACCCACUAGCCCACUGCUGAUCGCUUCUACCUAGUAGUUCUCCGUUUGUCUUCCCCCAUUGCCAAUCCCAUGAGCAAGAAGGCGGAGGCGGGCGGCGAGCGGCCGCCAAGCCGUGGCCGCGCGACGUCGCGGGCUGCUCGUCAUCACAAUGCGAGCACGCAGAGGGAAGAGCCCGCCGUGCCGGCAGCGGUGGCAGUGGCGGUGGCAGCGAUGCGCGAGGGGGGCGUGGGGAGCAGCAGCACUGCCAUGGCGGCUCGCCCGAGGCGUGUUCCUAACGAGUACGUCACGUUUCGGGAAGCGGGGACGAGCGAAGCAUCGGUGCAUCAUCAAGGCGGGCCGGGUCACGGCGGUGGCGCCGACGCUGUCCACGACUCGUCGGCGAUGCCGCCGCCGACCGGCAUGCCGUACUACAUACCGGCGUGGCAGAGGAGGCGGGAGCGGCCACCGGAGGAACGGCGGCCGGCGAUGCGGCCAGUGGGAGCGCCGCCGCUAGGCCCGCGUGCAACCACCAAGAUCGUCGAGCGCGUCUCCACGAUCAAGCCAGACGACGACGGCGGUCACGGCGGGGCCGACCAGGCGGCCCCGCUGGCGCUGCCGCCGGGCCACCACGUCGGGAGCCCGCCGCCGCACCACCAAGGCCACGACAGGCCGGCGUCGCACGCGCCGCGAUUGCCGAGGCACCACCAUCCGUGGACGCCGACGAGGCACUCGGAGGGAAAGUCGCCGGUCAUCCUGUCGCCCGACCGGAGGAAGAAGCGCAGGCGUCCAGUCGCGUUCUGCUUCACGCUCUGCUGCAUCCUCUUCUGGCUGGCGGUCAUCCUCAUCGGCGCCGCCGUGCUCACCGUGUACCUGGUGUACCGCCCGCAGCCGCCGCGGCUCCGGCUGACCGACGCCUCCCUGAACGCCGGGUACGUGGACGACCUCACCGUCCCCGGCGGCCCGCCCCGAGGCCUGGCGCUCAACGCCGACCUCACCGUGCUGGCGGCGAUCACCAGCCCAAACACCAAGAUCAACGUGGUGCUGUGGUACAUGCAGCUGGACCUCUACUUCGAGGGCCACAUGAUCGGGACGCAAACGGUGCGGCCGGCGCCGGUGCGAGAGUCUCCGGGCGGCUACGUGCUCCGUAGCGUGGACAUCGUCGUCAGCGAGGUGCCGAUAUCGCGGCAGAACGCCUAUGCGUGGCGGAACGCGACGACGCACGGUGGCCCCGUGGUGCUCCAGCUCGCCGGACGGUUCCACACGCAGCUCAACUUCGGCCAUUGGCUGCCGUACAGAUACUGGGUGAACCCGCGGUGCACGCUCUGGCUCGACCCGCCGCCCAAUGGCAGGCUGCGCCGGGCACGCUGUUGAUCCCAUAUCGCUACACAUGAUUUCAUUUUCAUCUAGUAGGAGUAUCUGUUUUACUCUUUUCACCUCAGGAUUGCGAUUUUUUUUCCUUCUGUCGAAUGAAAAUUAUGAAACACAAGGGCAGGAUGCCUGGUAUAGAAUAUUGAACUCAUAUAAUUGGUGAAGCAAUAGCAAACUCAAGUUUCAAAUCUUCCAUACACCGUUCUUAUUACAUUGAACAUAGCAUCCUAAUUUAGCAAGCUACUAUCAGUCUAUCAGUUUAGGCAUGCAGACAUUGCACUGGCAUCCCUCAGGGGUACAGGUAGCAGUCCAGUUGCAGUUAGGGCACCCCCCGCCGUGGUUGACAUUAUCACGACAAAUGUGCAGGCAACCUGGAGUAUCGCACGGUAUCGGCGUCGGGUGAAUCGACCCUGCACAAAUCUCAUCCGCCUUCACUGCAACCUCUAC